AUGAGUUAUACAAUUCAUUGGAUGGAUACGGGAAAAAUCUGGGGCCAUGGACCUAAUGCUACAGAGGAAUUCGUAAAAAGAAUGGAUAUAGAAAAAAGGUAUUUCCCAUAUGAGUAUAUCGAUUCACACGAAAAAUUCAAAGAAACGUCAAUACCACCAAUCGAAAAAUUUCUUGGAGUUCUUAAAAGAAAGAUAACACAGAAAGACUAUAAACAUGCAGAAAAAGUAUUGAAUGAAUUCAAAUGCAAAAAUCUGGAGGAGUACCAUGAUUUAAGUGAAAAUCGAACUUUUACAGAUAUGGAGAUGCAUGACUUUGCAGAAAAAGCGAGACGUGGUGGAAUUACAAUGGCAUGUAGGCGUUACUUUAGGGCCAAUAACCCAAAAUGCAAAAACUUUUACAUGCGCAGUCCAAAAACAUGGCUGUCAUACGUUGAUGCAAAUAAUCUUUAUGGAUGGGCAAUGAGUCAAUAUCUGCCAAUCGGAGGUUAUUAUGUGCAACUUGAAUGCCAUUUCCCCUCACAAACGCAUAACUAUUUGCAGGAUCUACCUCCAACGGUUGAAAAUAUUAAGGACUCAUACAGAAAACGAAUAAUCAGAUACAGAGAAUGGUAUGUGAAUAAAAUAGAACUUCUUGAAAACGUUGAAAACUUAUACAAUCUCUACUAUGAAUUGUCUAAAGAAGAGCAGAUUACUGAAGAAGAUAUUGGCAAUAUUAGAGAAUUGUUUGACAAACUGAAAACAAAUCACGGGAGAAGACGUGUAUCUAUGCUUAUUAAAAGAUAUAACAAAGACGCAAUCGGAGAAGAAAAAUAUUGUAGAUUAUUAUCGUUAAAUCAUAAAUCAUCCAAAUACCCAUUAGUUUUAGGUCAAUCGUGGUUGACAGUCCACGAAGCAAUCAUUAAUCUAUGUCGUAGCGAAAUUUCAUUGUAUGGAAUGAGCAUUCCGUUUAUAGAUGAGGAAGAACUUUAUUCUGAUAAGGAUCUUUAUUAUGAAUUUCGGGAGUUGCUUACUAAAAAGUAUUUCAGAGGAGGAAAUGAUCAUAAGCUGCACGAUAGUUUAUCCGAAUCUUCCGAAUCUUCUGUUUCUUCCGUUUCUUCUGUUAUUUGUGAUAUUCCAAGAAAAAACAAACAGUCUCAAGCUAUGGAAGGUGGCGAUCACGUCGAUCCCUUGAGUAAUAUCUCACUCGAGGAGAAUGAAGAGCUUCCAUCCUUGUCGACUGCUGCUUCGAGCCGUGAACAGGAAUUGCUUGACCAACUCGCUUCGUUGCAGGCAUUGCUUAACAAGUCUGUCCAUGAACAAUCUCAAGUUUACCAUGUUAUUGAACGCCCUCAAAACCAUUUUCAGACUGGUCGUUCCGAAGCGGGAACGAAGCAUCGAAAUCACAAUAUGUCUGCUCCUAUCGAUUUCGCAAUAGACUUACUCCAAACCGCAAAAACUGUCGGUGUGACAGAGGUAAAGGACGAAGAUCUUUUUAAGGGUAUUGCUCAGAAUGCCGUUCAACUCGAAUCCGCUUUAUCAAACCGUAAAAGGUACUUUAUGGAAUGCUCGCUUGACGACCAAGAUAGACUAAAAUUCAAACUAUCCGAACCGGGGGUCGUUGUAUACAAAGACGAGAGUAUGCGCCUCUCACUAAGGUCAUCGAGCAGUCUUGCGGAAAAAUCAGAUACUAUAGAUAAGUCUUAG